CGGUUGUGGGCGGGAAGGGGCUGAGCGGGGGUGCUGGGAGGGUUCAAGGGGUCCAAAGGGGAAGGGGGAACAGGGGCCAGGUGAAGGGGUAGAUGAGGAGAUCAGAACAGCCUUAGAGCUCAGGGGCCAACUGGGUGAACAGCCUUGGGUAUCUAGGGGAGCAGUAGGGGGAGAGCAGAGCCGGCUAGCGUACAGGGGGCGAGAGCAGACUAUUGAGAGAUGGGGGUGAGGGUGAGGACCAGAACAAUUCCUUCAGAAAAAAGUAGAUUAGGAUGUAAAAAGGGACCAGAGUAGGGAUCCCAGAUUCAGGUAAAAAAUAGACUAAUGAGGGUGGGAGGGUGGGGGGAAGGUCUUAAAGUGCCCACUAUGUGUUAGGACUCGAGAAAGAGGCGGCGGGCGGCAGGCAUGGAAGCUGAGGGGAUAGUAGAGAGAAGCUGAGAGGACAGCCGCAGGAAAGAUUUGGAUGAGAUGUCAGGACGCUGACUCUUCUGCCUGGGGAUCUAGGCUGCUUGGAUUCCCAAGGUCUUGGGAAGGGUCUAGCCCUGCAUGUGGCCACAUUCAGCUGGGGCCAGGCCUUGGGCCAGCACUUUAAUAGGGAAGGACCCAAGAGUCAUGGCCUGGUGGUGUCUGGAUGGGAUUCCCCCAGGCCUUGCUGAGCCAUGGAGAGAACUCUGGAGAUGGCGCUCAAGACCCCUGCACUGUGUACCUCCUUUCUCACCUCUGGCCAGGGGCAGCAGGGACCAUAGAAACUUAAGGAGGAGGGGGAACAUAGAUGGCUGGAGACAGAAUCUAGAGCCUUCAAAUAAUGUGGAGAUGUUUCCACCUUCAGGUUCCACUGGGCUGAUUCCUCCCUCCCAUUUUCAAGCUCGGCCCCUUUCAACUCUGCCGAGAAUGGCUCCCACCUGGCUCUCAGACAUUCCCCUGGUCCAACCCCCAGGCCGUCAAGAUGUCUCAGAGAGGCGACUGGACACCCAGAGACCUCAAGUGACCAUGUGGAAACAGGAUGUUUCCAGUGACAGGCAGGAGCCAGGGCGGAGAGGCAGGUCCUGGGAGCUGGAGGGGUCACAGGCCCUGAGCCAGCAGGCUGAGGUGAUUGCUCGGCAGUUGCAAGAACUGCGGCGGCUGGAGGAGGAGGUCCGGCUCCUGCGGGAGACCUCACUGCAGCAGAAGAUGAGGCUAGAGGCCCAGGCCAUGGAGCUGGAGGCCCUGGCACAGGCAGAGAAGGCUGGCCGAGCUGAGGCCGAGGGCCUGCGUGCUGCUUUGGCUGGGGCUGAGGUCGUCCGGAAGAACUUGGAAGAGGGGAGCCAGCGCGAGCUGGAAGAGGUUCAGAGGCUGCACCAAGAGCAGCUGUCCUCUUUGACACAGGCUCACCAGGAGGCUCUUUCCAGUUUGACCAGCAAGGCCGAGGGCUUGGAGCAGUCUUUGAGUAGUCUGGAAACCAGGAGAGCAGGGGAAGCCAAGGAGCUGGCCGAGGCUCAGAGGGAGGCCGAGCUGCUUCGGAAGCAGCUGAGCAAGACCCAGGAAGACUUGGAGGCUCAGGUGACCCUGGUUGAGAAUCUAAGAAAAUAUGUUGGGGAACAAGUCCCUCCUGAGGUCCACAGCCAGACAUGGGAACUGGAGCGACAGAAGUUUCUGGAAAACAUGCAUCACUUGCAGGAGGACCGGGAUGGCCUGCACGCCACCGCGGAGCUGCUGCAGGUGAGGGUGCAGAGCCUCACGCACAUCCUCGCCCUGCAGGAGGAGGAGCUGACCAGGAAGGUUCAACCUUCAGAUUCGCUGGAGCCUGAGUUUACCAGGAAGUGCCAGUCCCUGCUGAACCGCUGGCGGGAGAAGGUGUUUGCCCUCAUGGUGCAGCUAAAGGCCCAGGAGCUGGAACACAGCGACUCUGUUAAGCAGCUGAAGGGACAGGUGACCUCACUCCAGGAACAAGUAACAGCCCAGAGCCGGGAACAGGCCAUUCUGCAGCGAUCCCUGCAGGACAAAGCCGCAGAGGUGGAGGUGGAGCGGAUGGGUUCCAAGGGCCUGCAGUUGGAGCUGAGCCGUGCUCAGGAGGCCAGGCGCCGGUGGCAGCAGCAGACAACCUCAGCCGAGGAGCAGCUGAGGCUUGUGGUCAAUGCCGUCAGCAGCUCUCAGAUCUGGCUCGAGAGCACCAUGGCUAAGGUGGAAGAGGCUGCCGCCCGGCUUCCCAACCUCAACAACCGACUCAGCUAUGCUGUCCGCAAGGUCCACACCAUUCGGGGCCUGACUGCUCGAAAGCUUGCCCUUGCUCAGCUGCGCCAGGAGAGCUGUCCCCUACCACCACCAGUCACAGACGUAAGCCUUGAGUUGCAGCAGCUGCGGGAAGAACGGAACCGCCUGGAUGCAGAACUGCAGCUGAGUGCCCGCCUCAUUCAGCAGGAGGUGGGCCGGGCUCGGGAACAAGGGGAGGCAGAGCGGCAGCAGCUGAGCAAGGUGGCCCAGCAGCUGGAGCAGGAGCUGCAGCAGACCCAGGAGUCCCUGGCUAGCUUGGGGCUGCAGCUGGAGGUGGCACGCCAGGGCCAGCAGGAGAGCACAGAGGAGGCUGCCAGUCUGCGGCAGGAGCUGACCCAGCAGCAGGACCUCUACAGGCAAGCCCUGCAAGAGAAGGUGGCUGAAGUGGAAACUCGGCUGCGGGAGCAACUCUCAGACACAGAGAGGAGGCUGAACGAGGCUCGGAGGGAGCAUGCCAAGGCCGUGGUCUCCUUGCGCCAGAUUCAGCGCAGAGCCGCCCAGGAAAAGGAGCGGAGCCAGGAACUCAGGCGUCUGCAGGAGGAGGCCCGGAAGGAGGAGGGGCAGCGACUGGCCCGGCGCUUGCAGGAGCUGGAGAGGGAUAAGAACCUCAUGCUGGCCACCUUGCAGCAGGAGGGUCUCCUCUCCCGUUACAAGCAGCAGCGACUGUUGGCAGUUCUUCCUUCCCUACUGGAUAAGAAGAAAUCUGUGGUGUCCAGCCCCAGGCCUCCAGAGUGUUCAGCAUCCGUACCUGUAGCAGCAGCAGUACCCACCAGGGAAUCCAUAAAAGGGUCCCUCUCUGUCCUGCUCGAUGACCUGCAGGGCUUGACUGAAGCCAUUUCCAAAGAGGAAGCUGUUUGUCAAGGAGACAACCUUGAUAGAUGCUCCAGCUCCAAUCCCCAGAUGAGCAGCUAAGCAGCUGAGAGCCCAGGGAAAGCCAGCCUGGGGGCUGGGAGGAUCCUGGAGAAGUGGGUGGGGACAGACGAGCCCUUCCCCCUCCCGGGGUCACCCUGGGGAACACCGGCUGAGUCUAAAUUCUGCUCUAAAUAAAGACGACUACAGUAGGA